UGUAUAUAGAAAUGGGUGCCAGACUUUGCAUAUGCCAGCGUGAUUUUGCCGAUUUGAUCGUGUAUCGGAGCAUUUUGCCCGAUAUAAUUUCAUCAUGAACGCAGCUUUUCUGCUGCUUUUGUUGCUAGGACUUUCUGGGAUUGUAAAUUCUCUUUAUGAGGAUCAAGUGGGGAAAUUUGAUUGGCGCCAGCAGUUUAUAGGUAAAGCUAAGGUUUUGUACUUUGAACAAGGAGGCAGCAAACGAAACAUCUUUGUAGCAACAGAGUCUAACGUUGUCGCUGCGUUGAACUCGCGCAAUGGUCACCUGACCUGGAGGCAGAUAUUCCAGCCGGGUCCCACUGGACGGAUCGACGCUUUGUUGUAUAACAAUGAAGAUCUGAUCAGUGUGUCAGGCGGUGGACAUGUUCUGCGCUCUUGGGAACCUUCAUCGGGUUUCUUACGAUGGGAAGUGGCGACAUCAACUGAAACGGCGACCGUUAAAGAGUCACACGGUGAUGCCGAUGCCGUCUUUGUCAACAAUGAUGAGUUACCAUCGUUAGCUGUGUUAUCAGGCAGCAACCUGUACGUACACUCACUAAAAGAUGGUCAACAAAUCUGGGAUCAGCAACUGCCAGCCACGACAAAUUACAAAUGGCUGUAUUCCGAUGGCAGUUCAGUGUACACACUGGGUCUGGUUCCCAAUUCACACUUCAAUCUACUCAAGUACUCAGCAGUGAACGGUGCCCUACAGAAUAAGGCAUCUCUUCAAGCAGCCUGGGCUAGUCUGCAGGACACCAGUUGCAUACUGGUAUCCACGCUCCAGUUUGUGUGCGUCGAUACCCUCACCAACUCCUUGCAAGUCGCUUCGCUGGAGAACAUCAACGUGUUUUCUACCACGCCGUUGAAGACCAUUGGCCUGGACAAACACGGUCCCAACCCAACCUUGAUUCAGCUCUUUGCUCCGUCGUCUGGGAGGGUGGAGUUUGCUCUUCAGUUGACUGAGGACCAUCACGCUCUACUCAAGAUGUCCGCCGGUCAGGUGACACUCGUCAAGGAUUUACCAUCGGUAUGGCAGAUAACUGGUUCCACUCUGGACGGCAAUGCAAUAGUCACUGCAGCUAGCUGGCUCCCAUCAACAACAGAAACCAUUUUCCGCUGCUAUAAGGAUGGUGUGGAGAUCGCUCCGAUGAUGGAGAAAGUUACCCUGGAAGGUAACCAUGGCAACCCAUCCAAGAUGAACGUUUUAUUGAUUGAUAAGAAGAGCGCUAACCCUGGAUACAAAGUCCUCCUGGAGACGGCUGACCAUGCUCUGACUUUGCUCAAUCAACCAGGACGCGUUGCCUGGCAACGGGAGGAGGGUCUUGCCUCAGUGGCGGCCAUUGAGAUGGUGGAGCUACCAGUGUCUGACACGGAGGCAAAGUUUGAAGAGGAGUUUGGCGGCAGAGCACGGGAGAGUAUUGGCUCAAUGUUCCUGCGGAGGCUCAGCACACAGUUUGCCCAGCUACAGGUUUAUCUGGCCCACCUGAAGAGACGAUUCAGCCACACCUUCCUCCAGGAUCCAAUCAGCAUCCAGGAAACCAUGAAGGGCGGGGCCACGGUCCACACAGAGGCGGCAGACUCCGAUGAGGAUGAACCACUGACUCGAGAUGAGUUCAGCCUUCGCAAGAUCGUCAUUGUAGUCAGUCGCUCUGGAAAGAUCUUCGGUCUAGAUUCUGAAGAUGGGUCGUUAGUCUGGAGUACCUACCUAGCCAGACUCAAGAGCCCAACUAUCCCUGGCCAUAGCCAGGUCUUGCUGUUUGUACGAAGGACUACGGCUCACUUCCCUCAUCCACCGCACUGCACUGUCAUCGGUAUCGACAGGGUAUCUGGCAAUACAUUGAUGUAUUCCUUCAACCCAAUAACCGGCGAUUCCUUUGACCCUGUGAAUGCCGAGGAUACAAGCCACGUCCUACCUUACCGAGCCAAGCAGGCCAGUAUGCUGGCGCUGACGGACGAACAAGAACUGAAGAUUGUUGUUCUGCUGGACACAGAUAACAAGGUCCACAUAUAUCCCAAGCAAGCAACUGGUAUCCUGCAGGCCCGUGCAUCAACCAUAUAUCUCUUCACCGCUAACCGCUCCGAUAACGCCUUACAAGGGUACCGGUUAGCUGCAACUGGACAGGGAUCGGAAUCUAUAUCGGCUGAUGUGGUUUGGAAUGUACGGUUACCGGCUACAGAUAAAGGCAUCGUUAAGCUGCAAGGAAAGAAGCAUACAGAGCACGUUCACUCUCAGGGUCGUGUCCUUGGCGAUCGCUCCGUCCUGUACAAAUACCUCAACCCGAACCUGGUCGCCGUGGUUACUGAAGGGCAGGACACCUCUGCAAAAGGCCAUGUGAGUGUGUAUCUUAUUGACGUAGUGACCGGUCAUAUCGUGUUCAGCAUCGACCACAAAAAGACCUCCAGCCCGCUGUUCCUGGUACACACCGAAAACUGGAUCGUGUAUCAUUAUUGGAACUCCAGACAUAGACGUCAUGAGAUGACAGUGUUGGAGCUGUAUGAAGGAAAAGUCCAGAAAAACAGCACUGUGUUUUCGUCGGUUGAUCCUCCCCCGGCUCCCCUAGUGCUCAGGCAGUCCUACAUCCUCCCCUCAGCUCUACAGUCCAUGGCGAUUACACGCACAGAGAAAGGCAUCACCAGCAGCAACCUACUACUUGCCCUGCAGUCUGGCGGUAUCCUAGCCUUGCCCAAACGGUUCCUAGAUCCGCGGCGCCCUCUAGCACCCACCACCGAAGAGAAAGAAGAAGGACUGAUACCAUAUCUACCGGAACUACCGAUACCGCACCAGUCAAUUAUUAACUAUAACAAAACGGUACUUGGCAUUGAGGGACUGCUUACAUCAGCGGCUGGAUUGGAGUCUACCUGUCUACUUCUGGCAUAUGGCUUAGAUUAUUACUUCACACGAGUCACUCCCUCCAAUCUCUUUGACGUCUUGAAGGAAGACUUUGACUACACGUUGAUCAGUGCGGUUCUAGUCGGUCUAGUGUUUGCCGCUUGGUUGACAAGGAAGCUAGCCGCAAACAAAGCCAUGAACCAAGCAUGGAGGUGAUGGAAGACUUGAAUAGAGGGCGUUCCAGGCUAACAGAUUUAGUCUUAGGCUGUGUAUUACAGAAUUUAUAGACCAUUAUCAUAUUGCGGCCAUCUUUAUUUUUUUCCCAUUCAAAUCAACAUAACCAAAGCGAGGCUGGAAGGAAAAAUAGUCGGGUUCCUUUUUGCACAAAAAACCUUAUCAUUCAGUACUGUUAUUGGAUACAGGGAACAUGACUAAAAUGGUGGCAGCAUGAUAAAGGUCUAUAGGGCUCUCUCACUGACCCACGUGACCAGGCCGCAGUUAUUUUUUUGCAACCAAGUAUAGUCAGUGACCAUAAUGCGCAUGACUCGGCUGCAAUUAUUUUUUUCUGCAACCAAGUAUAGUCAUGACCAUGGUUCUCGGACUCAACUUCCCUUAAAUUUAGUGUAUGCUUUUUGGGUGUGGCACCUUUAAAAAUAGAUUUUCAAAUCGAAUUGAUAAUUUUGUAGCAUUACAUUAGUUAUGAGCUUAUUUCGAGAUACAGCCUGUAUCCGCUCCGUUCACAAGUACCCCCUCACCGGCAAAGAAAGUACAGUUGGGGGUGACCGAUCGACGCCAUCUUGCCUGACUGCAAUAUUUUGCCGCGAAGCGCUGCCACUGCGUGUACAUACUACACAUCGUCACACACAAGGACCGGUGCGUGCGCUUCAACCAGCGAAAUGUAUGUGUCCCGCCCAUGGGACGUCGUUGUUAGGUAUAAAGGCGCCCUCUUUUGUUGGCGCACGGAGCCCAUACUCUCCUGUAUUUUGAGAUACAGCCUGUGACACAUUCAACAGGCGGGAAUUAUCAAAAUUCUGAUUUAGGCGUAGAACUAGAAAAAUUAACAUAGUUAAUAAUAAUUAAUGAAGUUUACUUGUAAAUUUCCUAAGGAGUUCAUUUGGGAAACUUAAGGGACAAAUUUCUCCGUUAUUUUUUUUUACUUUCCAUUACCCCAAAAUUGGGAACUGAAAAUGCCUAUAGCUCCUUCAGAUUUUUGUCCGAUUCUCAUAUUCUGUACAACAUUGCAAAACUUAUUCAAUGUCCUUUCCACUGAGCCCAAAAUCCCAGUUUCUGGUCCAAGUGUUGUGGCUGGCUUUGUUUUGGAGGGUUUCAAAUAUUCAUUUGUUAAGAAAAACAAUUGAAGAAAUGAAACCAUUUUGAAACAAAUUUAUUGCGGUAAACAUUUACUACAAGUGUAGUAUAGAAGUGUAGUUUUUUGGUACAUUUUUUUUGGUGAAGGACAUUGUUGUUUCCCGGCUGAAAAUGUUCUGAUCAACACAUAGAUCUAGAGGUUCAGGAUUUGUUUUGUGAUUGAGGGAUAAUAAAAGUUUAUUCAGUCACUCAAAAAAUCAGUAUAAAUGUGUAAAUUUAUAAACUUGACAUGAUGUUUAUUAUUUAGUAUGUAACAUCUAUUAGUGAAUGGUAUAGGUUUUAUUAAAGAUUGGAAUAGUUCCAGUACUUGUGUGGCUCUAUGUGAUAUUUUUGUCUCUAACUUAAUGGCAAAGGGUAGAUGUUAUUCCCAAAAUGUCCGAACCCCUAAUUUUGGAAUUUUAAAAGCAGUAAAUUUGAAAUUUCCUUCUUUUUGUUUUUGUAGAUUGCAUUCUGAUUUUGAUGCCUAUUUUGCACUGAGUCAUUAUGUUAUCAAUUCUACAUUAAAUUUUAGUUUAGAAAAAAAAAUAUGCAUUUCAUAAUGCAUAAUUUCGGGGCAUUUUUGUACAGUACAUUUUGUUCAGAAAUUAUCGGGUUCAUAACAGUAUUUCAUAAUUAAUUGAUGUAAUAUGUUGUUAAUUGUUACCUUUCGUUUUCUUUAAGACAAAACAUUAUGCAAAUUUGUAAUGAAUUCUUACAUUUUCUGAAAGUUUCCAUUGGAAAAACAGUAUAGUUUGUAACUUUUUGUCAAAUAAGAAUCUUAUGAUGGACUUACGAAGCACCAUUUUAUUUGAUAUUUUAUAGAAUAAAAAAAUUAUUGUUUUCUUACAUAAGAAAAUGAAUCACGUUGGAGUUAUCAAUGUAGUCUGUUAAUUGUGGUCAAAUGGUGCAAUUUUGGUCAUUGUGUUUUAUUAAAAAAAGAACAUGUUGAUAUUAUUGUAUAAGUAAUGCAAAAUGAUUUGUUUAAAUUUCACACAGGACACUCACGCACAAUAAAAAAAUAACAAACAGAA